GCGACGGGGGAUGCAGCCUCAGAGGAGCCGAGGCUGAAGUGUCUGCGUCCGCCGCGCGCCGCUCCCGCCGCCGCCGCGGUGCCAGCCCGCGCGAAUCCGCGUGGGAGCAGCAGGAGGGAGACGCCAAGUCCGCGGCAGGAAAGUGAAUCAUUUGAAUGAAAAUGUCUGAGAACAAGUCCAGUAUAAAUGAAGCAGGAAAAUCAAAGCCAAAGGAUUCCAAGCAAGACCUUGAAGAUGCUGUGGAAGGUUCUGAUGCAGCUUUACAGAAGAAGAUAAAACCAGGUUCUCCCAGCACUCAGAGAGGGCAAAGACCUCAUUCUAGUCCUCCUCAGCUUGUGAAUGUAGAAGAACUUCUGGAGACAGUGAAAGGAGUUACUAACAUGGCUCUAGCCCACGAAAUUAUAGUAAACGAAGACUUUCAGAUUAAACCAGCUGAGUUACCAGAAGACAGCUUGAACAAGAGAGUGAAGGAUAUUAUACAUAAAGCUUUUUGGGAUUGCUUGAGUGUCCAACUGAGCGAAGACCCCCCAACAUAUGACCAAGCCAUCAUUCUUGUUGGAGAGAUCAAAGAGACACUCUUAUCUUUUUUGCUGCCUGGUCACACGAGACUGAGAAACCAGAUAACAGAAGUCUUGGACCUGGAUCUGAUCAAGCAGGAGGCUGAGAAUGGGGCCCUAGACAUUUCCAAGCUGGCAGAAUUUAUUAUUGGCAUGAUGGGGACACUGUGUGCACCUGUCCGAGAUGAGGAAGUUAAGAAACUAAAGGACAUUAAGGAAGUAGUGCCCCUUUUCAGAGCAAUCUUUUCUGUGUUGGACCUAAUGAAAGUGGACAUGGCAAACUUUGCUGUCAGUAGCAUUAGACCACAACUCAUGCAGCAGUCAGUUGAGUAUGAGAGGAUGAAGUUUCAAGAUUUUUUGGAAAAGCAGCCAAAUUCCCUGGACUUUGUUACUCAGUGGCUGGAAGAAGCUGCAAAUGACCUUAUGAAUCCAAAGUUUAAAAAUUCCCUGCCAUCUGGGGAAGGAGCUGCUGACUCUGGGGAUGCUUCUGUACCCAGUCCUGUCACUGUCCAGAACUAUGCAUACUUGAAGCUUCUGAAAUGGGACCACCUCCAGAGACCUUUUCCUGAAACAGUUUUAAUGGACCAGUCUCGCUUCCAAGAGCUCCAGCUUCAGUUGGAACACUUGACCAUCUUAGGGGCUGUGCUGCUUGUCACGUUCAGCAUGACAGGCCCAGGAAUUUCCAGCCAGGCCACCUUUGCUGAGAAGCUCAAAACGAUUGUGAAGAUUCUAUUAACAGAUAUGCAUUCGCCCUCUUUCCAGCUGAAGGACAUCCUAACCACAGUUGGGGAGAAAGUCUGCCUGGAGGUGAAUAGCUGCCUUUCCCUGUGUGGGCUCACUGCCUUCCCCCCGGACAAGGAGGUCAUACUCAAGGGCCAGAUCCAGGCUAUGGCCAGUUCCGAUGACCCUAUCCGCAGGAUCAUGGAUUCCCGAAUCCUGACCUUCUUAGAAACCUACCUUGCCUCAGGUCACCAGAAGCCAUUGCCCACAGUUCCUGGAGGACUGGGUCCAAUUCACAAAGAGCUGGAGGAAGUUGCUGUUAAAUUUGUUCGCCUGGUCAACUAUAACAAAAUGGUCUUCAGUCCAUACUAUGAUCAAAUCCUCAGUAAGAUCCUCGUCACAUCCUAACAUCUCCCUGUCAUAGCUGCAUUAUUCACUCAACUCUGAAUAUUUGCUCUCAACUAUAAUGUUGCUUUGGAAAAUGGCUGCGUAGUGCAUUUCUCUUUAACAGUUAACAGCCCUGAUCCCAAAGUAAGACUCAUUGUUGCAAAGACUCAUUGAAUAAUGCACUGAAUUCUCUCUUGAGGGUAUGUAUUUAUGAGGGCAUGUUUACAAGUCAAAGAAACUUGCUGUUAUCUUCAGUUUCAUGGGUAGCACUCAGCUUUUAAAUGAUUGUCAUUGUCUCCACUCUUUCAUGACUGUAGCUACCUUGUCCCUCCCAGCAGGCUGGGCCCUCUCUUCUGCCUUCUCGGUGGUUAGCUGUUAUUCAGAUACUCAGAGGUAUCUGGCAGUCACCCCAGAGUGAAAGCAACCAAGCCAUCACCCCCUUUGGCCUCUUCCUUAGUAGUCCUCCACUCCUCCCUCCAGGCAUUUUGUGUUCAAAGGGCUGUAUAUAUAUAUAGUCUGACCUCUUCCUCAGCCCCUCAGUUAUUGUUUUAUUCUUGCCUGGCCUAGCCAGAAUCCUUUUGCUCUAGAGGAGAAUGAUUUGAUUUUAAAGAAGUUUUCUUUAAAAAAAAAAAAACACCCAAUUUUAAUUCUUUCAUCCAAAGUUAUUCUUACAAGAAUAGCUGUAUGACAUUACGGCAUCUAGAGAAGAAAUUCAUGGACUUUUCAUCAUGGAAGCUGAGGGGGAGUUUUCUCUUUUUGAAAAAUACAUGUCAGUAUUUUUUUAAAAGAAUACAAGUGUCUGGAUUUUUAUGAAAUGAUUCUCUUUGAUACAAUACACAGAUGUGUUGGUUGCAUUAGAAUUCCAGGAUUAGACUUCAGAGUUUUCAGAGACAGUAAUACAAGCUCACCUAUUUCUUGUGUACGGAAGUCUUUAAAAAAAAAAAAAUCUCUGGAUUUUGAGCAGUAUUUUUGAAGAAACUUCAGUGACCAGAAUUCCUGAUAUUCUGUGACUGGGGAAUAGAUUGGAUUGCACAGAUGAUAGUGGUGUGUGUGUGUGUGUGUGUGUGUGUGUGCGCGUCGCACAGGAACAUUGUAUUAGAAACAGAGCCAUGGAGUUCUUUGUUGUUUGUUUAGAUAGAGAGUGUCAGAAAGAGUAAAAGAGACCACAGCACUAAGGCUUGGUUCAGUGGCCAGACUUGAACCUGGUUCGCAAAGCUUCACGCUACCUAAGUGAGCUAUUUGGCCAGCCUUCCAUGGAGUUGUUGAAUAUCUCCAAGUACCAGAACAGCAAAGGGUGAAAUAAUUAAUACAAAGGAGUCUCUUCAACCAGACGCAUGAGGCAUAGAGUGCAGACCAGGUUGGAGGCCGCUAGAGGAAUCUUCAUCCUGCAAGCCUGUCAUGCCAGGCGUCAUGGGACUGAAGGGCUCUACUUAGGAAAAUAGGAUUUUUUUUCCUAAGCAUAUUCUGUAAACUAUGCUUUAUCGGUGUUUUUCACUUCAUGUCAGAAAGGUAUGCUGUGUUCUGUGAUUAUAAGUCUCAUUAAAGCUUAGACUCAAGGACACAUCUUCCCCCAUUUCACUGGAAGGGCAUAAAAGUUGAAUAAGAACUUUGAAAGAACAGGAUCACCUUUCAUGGUGCGUCUAGUGAGGCUGUCCUGGACUGUUUCUGAGGGAAGGCUCCGUGGCAGUCUGUGCUCUUAGGUGGGUGGCUCUGGCUCUUGACUGAGAAGUGUGAGCACCAGGGGCAGCACUCUCACCCACCUCAUACUCGGAAUGUUUGUUUUUUUUUUGUUUUGUUUUGUUUUCUGUCUCUAAGAUGAGGGAGAAGCUUUACUUCCUAUAGCCAUUCUUCUAAAUCUCAAUUUCUUUUUUUUUACUUUAAGUUUUCCUUUGUGUCAGCUCUUAGAUUUUUUUUUUUUUUUUUUUACCUCCCCUCAUGGAUUCUUCAGUUGACAAAAUCUGAUCUGGAUAGUUUGGAAUCUUGAAUCUUGAUAACAGGGAGCUUAAUAGACUCUGUUAUUGCUGUGUCUCAUGAGUGCUACAAGCUGCAAAAGCCAAGAAUGAAGGGGGCAAAGAUUAGAGUCACUGCACUCCUAUUUGUUUUGUUGUUGCCUUGUGAAGAUAACAGCUAUUUUUUCUUCCUGGAAUCUAAAAAAAACCAAAACUAUCUCUAAGGUCUAGGAAAAUUAAUUUAGUUCACAGCCCACCAGGAAAUAUGAAUUGAUCAUUUUGUAACUCUUCUCAAUAGCCACCAAGAAAAGAUGAUUUGUUCUGACGUUACCCUUUAGAGUUGAAUGGGUUCCAUAUAAUACUUACCAACUGGACUGGACAAAAUUUCUGGGCUUGACAGGUUUGUGAAAAUAAGUGUCUUUUAUGGAAAUGCUAAGUUUAUUUGGGAGUAGUGCUUUACGACAUGGGACUGACUAGACCAGGAGGCACCUCAGAAAUGAAGUUAGUAUCAUGUAUCCUAUAUAUUAAGUGGUCAAGAAAGUGAUAGCACAUUUUUUGCGUAGAAAGAGAAAACUAUGUCAUGACUUUUUCUGACAGCCUGAGUGAAUGAAUUCAAGAGCAAUAACUGAAAGUCUGUCCGUUCUUAGUUUAGUGGCUGUAUUCUCAGUUGCAGUGUCAGGUUUUGUUGUUUGCCUGCUACCAGUGUUGUCACCGGGGCUCACUCAGUGCCUGUACCAUGCAACCACUCCCAGCAGCCAUUUUCCUUCUCCUUCCUCUCCAUUAUCUUCUUCUUCUGUUUCUCCUCCUUCUUUGAUAGAAGGUAAGAGGCAGAGAUAGGAAAUGAAAGAGAAAGAAGGGAGACGCCUGCAGCACUGCUUUAGCGCUCGGGAUCUCCCCCAUGGCAAGUGGGGACCUGUGUCUUGAACCUGGGUCUUUGCACAUGAUAAUGUGUGUGCUUUGUCAGGUCUGCCACUGACCAUUCCCUGAUGGCUCCCUUUUUUUUAAAAAAAAGAUUUUAU